AUGUCUUCCGAAAAGCGGUCAGUCGUUGCCGUCUCGUCGAAGAAUCCCGUCAAAAUCAAUGCCGCAAAGCAAGGCUUUGAGUUAGCUCUAGCUGGCGAAUUUGAGUUCAAGGGAGUCAGCGUCCCCUCCGGUGUCCCAGACCAACCGCUCUCCGACAAAGAGACGCUCCUGGGAGCUUUGACUCGGGUGCGGAACGCUCAGGAGGUUGAGAAGGAUGCAGACUAUUGGGUCGGAAUUGAAGGAGGCGUCGAAGUCCCGGAGGAUGCAAACGGCGCGUAUCUAAACUUUGCAUGGAUCGUGGUUGCGAAUCGCGAAGGAAAGAUGGGCAAGGCACGCAGUGCAGCCUAUUAUCUGCCGGAAGAAUCAGCCAACUAUCUGCGUCAGGGAAUGGAACUGGGACAUGCCGAUGAUGCAGUGUUUGGUCACGUCAACUCGAAGCAGACGAGAGGUUCAGUUGGCCUGUUGACUGAUGAUCUGAUUGACCGAACAAAGUACUACACCCAUGCUAUGAUUCUGGCAUUGAUCCCUUUCAAGAACAGCAAAUUGACAUUCGUUUAA